AUGCCAGAAACCAAGACUUCUAACAGCCUCCUGCGCAAUAACAUCAAUUUUCCAACAUUCAGCGACCUUCCGCAUGAGUAUCAUGUUGACCCCACCUACUACGUCGAGGGCCCAUACAGAAUUGUACCCAGACAACACUGGUGCUUCCUUGGCGAGAUCGUCGGCUCCUACGGUCUCUUCCGAGUCUUAUUACGCGUAAAGGAUAAAGGUGGUCAAGUCGUCACCAUCGGCCUAUACACUGAUGACCGCGGACACACGCUCACUCCGCAAAUCAAGCAAGGUCACACAGUUGCUGUACUGUAUGGCGAACAGCAUGGCUUCUUAGACAUGACCGUCGGCAUACGCGUCGAAGAACCCUCCAUUAUCAAAAUCAUACCAUGUUCGCUUGAGCAGCUGCUGAAGGCCAGCGAUGAUGCUUGCCAGAAGCAAGCCUGGGUGGACGGUCACAAGGCUGACUGCAAGGCACUUGUUUGGGUACAGUGGUUCGCGGCAAGAAACUGGGGAGUGUUUAAUGGAUAUUUUAAUUUCUGA